AUGACGGUUACUGAAACUGGUUCGAUUCAAGAAAAUGGCGCUGUAGGUGUUUUAAGUGCCGAGAAUAAUAGAAAACCUACAUCUUCCGGAAGCGGUUCAAAGGAUACAAAAAAGGAAAAUUUAAAGCUCCAACCUGCCCCAAUCCCAACUGUGUCGCCCUGGAAGAAGGUUGAAGCCCCAAUUGGUGUUAGCUCAAGCGAGGACGAAAAAUGGCCUACGGCUUAUGAAGCGACGACGAAGUUUGCUGAGGAGAAUGCAUCUUCAAAGAAUAAGCAGCCGAUAAUUAUUACUGGCAGGGAGAAGUGGGUCCCUAUAAAGCCUACUCUGCUGAUCGGUAAUGUUAAUGGCACAAGGAGGACGCAAAGAAAGAAGAAAAACGCACCUAACGGAAUGACAAACGGUAAUGCUCAGCCAAGAAAAAAGUCGGGAAGUAAACCUAUGGCAAACCAACAGAAGAAGGGUACUGAGGGUCAAAAGAAGGCCUUUCAAGAACAAAAAAGAUCUGAUUACCUCCCUUCAUCUUCCGAAUCCGACCAGCAGCAUGAUACUCCUGUCCUAAGCGACGAACACCAGCAAUUAAUAUAUUCUGAGUCUCAAAUGCAAACUCAACAACAGCCAAGGAGAAAGUACCAAAAUAAAGCAACACAAUCCCAGGACAGUCAUAGAGGCUAUGUGGCUAGAAACUACCAUAGCAGCAAUAGCAGUAGUAACGCUUCCCAGCCACACCGUAGAAUCCACCCUAAUAAGGUCAAUGGCUACCGCCCUAGAAUGUUUGCUCCACAAUUCGAUCCUUUAGCUGCCAUCGGGGACAUUGCAAGGCAGAUCGAGUACUAUUUCAGUAUAGAAAACCUAGAGAAGGAUACGUUCUUAAUAUCGCAGCUCAAUAAUGAAGGCUGGGUCUCAUUUGCUCUCAUUGCCUCUUUCUACAGGCUAAUCAAGCUUUCCUGGGGCGGCGAUAUGAACCUGAUCAUGGGUGCUUUAAGAGAAAUUGUUGCUAAUGAAAACGCCACCGUCGAGAUCGCCCGCGUAACCGCAGAUGAGAACACAGAGGAGCCUAAAAACUACUUCCACAACUACGCCAUCAGGGCAAAGACAUGGAAAAGAUGGAUCGCAGAAACUCCAAAGUCGUGGAACGCGACUUUUGAAGUCUUGAAGAGCUCCCAAAUGGAUGAGUUCAAGUUUGUCCCCAUUCCAAUUCCGAUUUCCAUUGAACCAGCUUCCUCGAUGGGCAUCACCGAGCCACCAACUUCAGAGGACUCUACUGAACCUCCCGCUUCAGAAGGCGCCGCUUCUCUUGGCUCCAUCUAA